AUGGACACAACGACCAACCAAACCAAUGACGAGACAAACAAGAUAGGGGCAACUAAUGACAAGAUUGAAGAGGGUAAGUUUCUUUGAAGAAACUGUGACGCUACGUCGAUGGGGGUAUAAUAAGAUAACUUGGUUUUAUCAACUGAGUUGAUGAUGUAAAUUGGUCACCGUAAAGAAUUUCUAAAGCUGACGUUUCGACCGGCAGCUCUUCGAAUAGAGAAAAUUUUGAGAAAUUUUGGGUUGCGUGUGCUUUAUAUCCAGAAAAAUAGAAGUCUCACCGAUAAUCACACUCUUACCCGUAUCUGACACAUUAUUACCAGCAAGUUAGUAUUUGAUAUUUAAUUUUUCUUUUUUUUUUUUUGUGUGGGGAAGGGGUUCACUUGUGUGUAGAUUUGCUGAUAAGCUAAUGUAACGCAGAGCUAAGUCAUUUGAACUCCGGUCCAAGUAAAACUACUGGGUUAUGUGGGCCUUUAAUGACCUAAAACAUCAAUGAGGUCUAAUUGAUGAUCGUGAUGUAAAUAGUACGAUGGUCGUUUUAAUUAUAUGUUGUUUUUGUUAUUUAUUACAGGUGAUACUAUGAAACAGGGCUUCAAGCCUGAAUCAAUCAGCGACAUUGAAGUCGGUAUGAAGGUAUUGUUUAGUUGGUUUGGGAAACUUCGAGGAACGGUCAAGUACGUUGGACCUGUAUGUGGACUAGGUUUGGUCGUCGGCAUAGUGUUAGAUCCAGGUGAAGGUAGUAAUGAUGAUUAAAAUGUUCUAAUAAAAAUAGGUGAGAUUUAUUGCUCAUGGUAAAAGUGAAAAAGUUCGUGAACUUGAAACUUUUAAAAAGACGGUACAUCGACUGCUGUAAGUAUCAAUUAACAAUUGGUUCAUACGUCAGCGUGCGUUCAUCGAGAUAUGAAGCACGCGGGAAGUUUGGAGAGCACGAAAGAUGCGUAAGAGUUGCUCAAGGCGUAGCCGAGAGCAACUCUAGCUUCUUGAGUGCUCUCUAAACUUCCCAAGUGCUUCAUAUCUCGAUGAACGCACCGCUGACGUAUGAACCAAUUGUUUUAUAACAUUUUCAACCCGAUGGAAAAUUUUUUUCUCGAGGGAUAUGUUUGCUGACGUCAUGAGCGUGCACAAUAGGAAUACGAAGCACGCUCGCGCAAUUGAAUUUGAUUAGACAAAUUUACUAGCUAUGUUAUAACUAUAUUUUGUUCAGAAGAGUUAUUUUAUACGCACUGUCUAGGGAGCUGUCCUGCAGCACUAACAUUGAUAGGCAUCAUGGAAAUGUAUUCUGAAGGUAAUAAAACGAGGAUACUCAUUGAAGUUUAGUGUCGAGAUAAUCCGCCCCCAGAUCGCAACGUUGUCCUUUCAUGUUGAAGUUUUGUGGGAAAAGGUUCUCCCCUCAUUCAUAGUAAAACUAACCUACAUUUAGAUUAAAACAACUUGUUGGCGAGUUUGAGGCUCGCCUUUUAUCUUGAUUUUCUCUUACUUUAGAUAACUGAAAAUUUUUUCUUUAUUCAGAAGAACCGGUUUGGUUAGGUUACCGUGAGUGCAACGGAACGUAUGAGGGAAAAAGAUACUUUAGC